AUGGCCUGCCUCGACGCUUGUGAUUGCAUUGAAAUACAACAUGUACUUGGAAGCAAAGAUGUCGUCAUUGAUCUUCCACUGGUAAUGGAGCCUGCUCUGUGGCCUGGGUGCUGUAUUUACAGGGUUCCCAAGAAACUGCGCAAGGUAAAUAAAGAAGCCUACACCCCUAAGUUUGUUUCAAUAGGCCCUUUUCAUCAUGGCCGAAAGGAAUUGAGGGACAUGGAAAUGUAUAAACUGAGAUAUUUCAAGGAUUUCUUGUAUCGGACUAAGAAGUGCCAGGAGGAUUUUCGAAAUAUCAUUGCAGAAAACGAAGUACAAAUCCGUCAUAGCUAUUCAGAGGGUUCUAGACUCGACAGUAAAGAUUUUGUGAAAAUGAUUUUAUUGGAUGCCAUCUUUAUGAUCGAGGUCUUACUGAGGAGAUCAGGGAAAAAUGACGAAAAUGAGCUCUUCCGUGAAAAAAAAAAUGAUUACAUAUCAAGUCAACCAUGGCUGGAAAUUGGUAUAGCACAUGAUUUAAUAUUACUUGAGAAUCAAAUUCCUUUUUUGGUUCUUGAGGAAAUAUAUACGUUCGCCUUCAAUGAGCGAAUCCAGAACAAAAAAGCUACUUUUCUGGAGCUUUCACUCAUUUACUUUACUGGUGAGAAUCAACCAUGGUUCAAAAUCAAGGAUGUAAAACACUUGACAGAUUUGUUAAGAUAUUUGUUCUAUUCAGCAUCAGACCUGAAAGAAACUAGAGGAGAAGUGCGUAAACUAUCUUGUGCCACAAAGCUUGACGAGGCAGGAUUGAAAUUCAAACCAAGUAGAAAUGGUCGCUUACUUGACAUAAAAUUCAAAGGGAAUAAGUGCUUGAAAUACUGGCCAUGCUUCAAUUUGUCAUGGCUCUUGGCUUGCUUGCCAUGCUUGAAACGCUUUUCCCAUUUGGAGCGUAUGCAGUGUAUCUUGGAAGUUCCACCCUUUGAGAUUGACGACAAUACCGAAGUUCGUUUCCGAAACCUCAUGGCCUUAGAGCAGUGUCAUUAUCCAUUUCAAGCAUACAUUUGCAGCUAUGUUUGGCUAUUGGACGAUCUAAUCGACAGUGAAAAAGAUGUGGAUUUGCUUGCUGAUAAAGAGGUAAUUGUUAACAAUAUUGGUAGCAACACUGCAGUGGCGACUCUAAUUAACAAGCUCUGCCUUGAGAUUACGUUAUCUGGAUCCUGUUACUCUAAAUUUCAAGAGAUUCAUGAGUACCUUGAUAAUCCAUGGAACCGUGCUAUGGCAACCAUGAAAAGUGUGUAUUUUCGUGAUUUUUGGAGAGGCACUGGAUCUGUGGUUGGACUAAUUCUCCUAGGUUUAACUUUCUGGAAUUUCGUUAAGCCUUUUGUCAUGAAGAAGAUUUGA